AUGCUGAUCAAAGAGUUUCGGGUGGUGCUGCCUCUCACCGUGGAUGAGUUUCAGGUGGGCCAGUUGUAUUCGGUGGCAAUGGUCAGUAGGAGGGAAACGGGUGGAGGGGAAGGCGUGGAAGUUCUUCGUAACGAACCCUUCAGUAACCGCCCUCUUCUGAACGGGAGAUAUUCCAGCGGCCAAUACACGUACAAGAUCUACCAUCUACAUAGUAAAGUCCCGGGGUUCAUCCGACUCCUCGCCCCCAGGGGGGCUCUCGAGAUCCACGAGGAAUCCUGGAAUGCGUAUCCGUAUUGUCGGACGGUCAUCGCCUACAUCCCGGCCGGACCGAGCAUCAUGCCCACUGUCGACACGGCUUCAACUUCCAUGGAUGAUGAGUCGCAGAUCUCGAAGAUAUCUAACGAAAACCCGACCGACUCGUACUUGGAAGUACGGACGCUAGCCGCGAAGGGACCCCCCUUCCGCAGAAACGUUCACGAACUCCCUCCGGAUAAGCUGCAGCAGAGGGAGGUGACAUUGAUCGACAUAGCGAAUGACUUCGUUCUGCCGGGUGAUUACGACCCGAAGGAAGACCCCACGAUAUUCCAAUCCGUGAAGACGGGUCGCGGGCCUCUCGUUGGGAAAUGGAUGGAGACGACGAAGCCGCUGAUGACUUGUUACAAGUUAGUGACGUGCGAAUUCAAAUGGUGGGGUUUUCAAGGCAAGAUCGAAUCUUUUCUUCAAAGGUCGGAACGUCGCCUCUUUCUGAACUUCCAUAGGCAGGUUUUCUGUUGGAUCGACGAAUGGUAUGGGCUAAAGAUGUCAGACAUUCGAGCCAUAGAAGACGAAACCAAGAGGCAACUCGACCGGCUAAGAAAAUCGGGCGCCGUGCGAGGAACGAGAGCGUAA